UCGGCGUGUGUUGGUGCUGCCGCCAGUGCUGGGGGAACGAACGAUUGGCGGACGCUGCGUCGAGUUAGAUGCUGAAGAGAUCUCAACCGUCAGUUGCGCGGUGGCCACCGUACAGAGUGUUACGGUUGAGGGUGUCACGGUCUCUGUCUCAGUCGCUCCGAUACCUUCUUCUCGCUUGCUCUUGGACCGAGUAGAGUAGAUUUAUUUCGGUGAACGAGGAAAUGGUAUUUCUGUGACCGCGAAUCUCAAUUUCGAACAGUGUCAACUAGGCUUCGUUGCUAUACAUUUUGCGGUGACCGUGAAAACUUAUCGAGUCUGGAAUGUUGGAACGCGAAGAUAGAGAUGAACAACUUGGCGAAAUUCGUUGAGAAUUCGGUGAGUCGUUCGCACGAGCAAUCAUCGCUUGGAUAGAGGAAUUCCUAAAUUACGCGAUGCUCGAACUCGGUUCGCGAAGCGCGUCGAUUUAAACGCGAUCAUCUCGAAUUUUGCUCCGUUUCUCGCGCGCGAAACGUCGACUUCCCGGUCAAGUGUUUCGCGAGGGAUUCCCGGCGCGCUGUGGAUGAACCUGUCGACCGAGUGAAGUGUGAUUUUUCGAGUGCAAAGUACUUGGAGGUACUCGGUGAAACGUGGCGCCGCUCGGUUGGGAAGAACACUCGUUGCUACGAACACGUAAUCGACGAAAUUUGAGACUGUCGACGUUAAUCGGGACGAUCUUGACGGAAGACCCGGAACAAUUUUCGUAUCGAUUGCACAAGACACACAUGUUAGUCGGUCGGAGCAAAUAUUGGAGAGCGUAUACGAGCGACGACAGCGUGCGUUAACAACGAAUGCAGGAAGCGGCGGAGCGGUGUGUGAUGAUCAGAAGAAGCGGAAACGAGGAAAGCCAACGAGCUCGGUAAAGAUGCGUGGACUCGGUGCUCCGAGAGGGCACGGGAGAUCGGUGAGGCUGUCGUUGGUCUACUGCUACUGUCUUCUGUUGCCGGUGUGCCACGUGCUCGCGGUGACCAGCGAGCUGCCGCCGAAGCUCGAUUUGCCCGAGCACUGCUCGUGGGACUCUCGGCAAGACGGAUCAGUGACCUGCGUGCACAGCUACUCGGACAAUGGCUUCCUGAAAACGAACUUUUCUCAGGCGACGAGCGAGUACGUGACCUCCGUGAAUGUCGUCUGCGAGGAUACCGAAACGUUGGAGAACGGAGCGCUGAACGUGGACGGAUUCGUUCAGUUGUGGAGGCUGCGCUCGCUGAGACUGACGGGAUGCAAGUUGGCACACUGGCCGGCCAAGGUUCUUUGCGGGCUGCGAGAUCUUCGCAAUCUGACCGUUCGCAGCCUGAACGGACGGAAGAGCAAGUACAGCCUGGAGCUGGAGAGCGGCGCAUUCGACUCGGUGCCGCAGAUCGAGAAGAUCGAUCUGUCGUGGAACAACAUCUGGCAGGUACCGGAACGCUUGUUCUGCCCGCUCUCGAACCUGCUCGCAUUGAACAUUUCCUGGAACAUGCUCAAGGACAUCGGGGAUCUAGGAUUCAGGGAGAUGGCGGAGAAGCACCCGAGGCGCCUGCAGGAAUCGACGGCCGCACCGGUUUCCUGUUCCUUGGACGUGCAGACGCUGGACGCGUCGAAUAAUCAAAUCUUGGUUCUGCCCGACUACGGGUUCUCGUCAUUGAAACGGCUUAGGGUGCUCAACUUGUCGAGCAACGCGAUCUCCAGGGUAGCCGACGAAGCUCUACACGGACUGAGGUCCUUGGAGACGUUCGACCUGUCUGGAAACAGAAUCGUCGCGCUACCGACGGUCAUGUUCCGCGACGCGGCGAAAUCAUUGAAGGAAUUGCGAUUGCAAAACAAUUCGAUCAGCGUGCUGUCGCCCGGGCUCGUGGCCGAUAUGAAUCAGCUCGUCGCUCUGGAUCUAUCGAGAAACGCGCUAACGAGCUCGUGGCUCAACUCCGCGACCUUUUCCGGGCUGAUUCGACUGGUGCUCCUAAACCUGUCCCACAAUCGAAUCAGCAGAUUGGACCCGGCCCUCUUCAAAGACCUCUACACCCUUCAGAUAUUAAAUUUGCAGUACAACGAGAUAGAAACUAUACCGGCCGACACGUUCGCGCCGAUGAGUAAUUUGCAUACGCUAGAUUUAGCGUACAAUCGAUUAACUUAUCUGGACGCUUACUCCCUGAACGGACUGUUCGCACUUUCCCUGCUUUCGCUCGACUCUAAUCAGCUCGAAGGAAUUCACCCGGAUGCCUUUCGGAAUUGUUCCAGUAUGCAGGACCUGAAUCUGUCCGGGAACACCCUGGACAGCAUACCUGUCGCUCUCAAAGACAUGAGAAUGUUGCGUACGUUGGACCUCGGUGAAAAUCAGAUCAGAAGCCUGAACAGGCCCGGUUUCCGAGGAAUGUCGAGCCUGUACGGAUUACGUAUGAUCGGAAACGAAAUCACCAACGUCACCAUGGAGGAUUUCGCCGAAUUGCCCGCGUUGCAGAUAUUGAACCUGGCGCGGAACAGGAUCGAAGCGGUGGAGGACGGCGUGUUUUCCGCGAACCCGGCGUUACAGGCCAUUCGUUUGGACUCGAAUUUGUUGCAGGACAUGUCCGGCAUAUUCGCGAGCGCGCCCGGUCUACUGUGGUUGAACAUGUCCGACAACAUGAUCGUCCAGUUCGAUUACAGUUACCUCCCGGAGAAAUUGCAGUGGAUGGAUCUGCAUAAAAAUCUUAUUAUGGAUCUCGGCGUCGCGCCACAGGGCAUGAGAUUACAGAGUCUCGACGUGUCGUUCAACCGGCUAACGAGGAUACACUCGAGGUCGAUACCGGAUUCCAUCGAGCUUCUGUUCGUGAACGAUAAUCUGAUACAGACCGUGGAGCCGCAGACGUUCUUUGACAAGAAGAAUCUAACCAGGGUGGAUCUUUACGCGAAUCAGAUCGUACGGAUGAAUCUGUCCGCGUUUCAGUUGACUCAAGUGCCGGCGUAUCGACAACUCCCGGAGUUUUACAUCGGUGGCAACCCCUUCAUAUGCGACUGCACCACCGAGUGGCUGCAAAGAAUCAAUUCGCUGUUGUUGAGACAACACCCGAGGGUAAUGGACCUCGGCUCGGUCUACUGCAGGCUUCCUUACGAUCGACACAAAUCGUUCAUACCGUUGCUCGAGGCGAAACCGUCUCAAUUCCUUUGCACGUACAAGGCGCAUUGCUUCGCGCUCUGUCAUUGCUGCGACUUCGAUGCCUGCGAUUGCGAGAUGACCUGCCCGGCCAACUGUACUUGCUAUCACGAUCAAUCCUGGUCGGCGAACGUGGUGGAUUGCUCCAACUCGGGAUACAAGACUCUUCCUGGUCGUCUUCCUAUGGACGCCACCGAGGUUUACCUCGAUGGAAACAAUUUCGGGGAAUUGAACUCCCACUCGUUUAUCGGCCGGAAGAACCUGCAGAUCCUGUACGCGAACGAUAGCAACAUCAUCGCUAUACGUAAUCAUACCUUCAGUGGUUUGAAACGUUUGCUGGUCCUUCAUCUGGAGAACAACAAGAUAAGCGUGCUUAACGGCGUGGAACUGAUGCCGCUGGAGAAUCUGAAGGAGCUGUACCUGCAGAACAAUCUGCUGACGUUCAUAGAUAACGGGACGUUUCUUCCGUUACGUCAGCUGGAGGUGUUGCGACUGGAGAACAAUCGACUAGGCACUUUCGCCGUUUGGCAGCUCGGCCAGAAUCCGUAUCUGGUGGAUAUCGGGCUGUCCAGCAAUCCUUGGAGCUGCGAGUGUUCUUAUUUGGACCGCGUGCGCGAGUGGAUGUCCCGCAACCGGGCGAAGAUCAGCGACUGGAGGACCGUCACCUGUUCCCUCGGCAUGCCCAUAACUCAUCCGGCAAACGGAUCGGUCAUAAAUUGCGCUGCAUUAACUGGCACGAUCUCGGCCAUCGAGACGCGACCGCUCGAGGCUUAUCUACCGCUCCUGUUGGCCACCGCCGUGCUGAUUUUUGCCACGGUGGCGCUGGUGUGUGGCGCCUUCAAGCAUCGCCGCACUCUAAGGACAUGGGCGGCCAGUAGAUGUGGUCUGCGCGCAUGCUACAAGACAGCCGCGUUCGAGGAUCAAGAGAAACCCUUCGACGCUUACAUUUCCUACUCAGCCGUGGACGAGGCGUUCGUCUCGACGAUUCUGGUGCCUGGUCUCGAGACAUCUUACAGAUUAUGCUUGCAUUAUCGAGACCUAGGCGCCGGGAGCAACGUCGCCGACGCGGUCGCCGAAGCUGCCGAUUCCUCGAGGCGCACCAUUUUGGUAUUGUCCAAGAACUUUCUGCACGGCGAGUGGUCCAGGUUCGAGUUUAAAGCGGCGCUCAGGGACGCUCUGAAAGGAAAGGGCCGCUCGGUGAUCCUGCUCCUGGUAGGCGGUGUGUGUCCACGAGAUCUCGACGCCGAUCUCAAAAAGAGAAUCACGUCGCACACCGUGCUGGUGUGGGGGGACAAGUUGUUUUGGCAGAAGCUGAGGUUCGCCAUGCCAGACGUGUCCCCUGUUCCUGUUUUGGAGAGACCCCUGCCAUUGCCGCCUCCGCCGCCGCCCCCGGCGCAGCAUCAAUGGACGUAGAACUGCCAUUAUUUAGCGGCAGAGAAAGGAACGACGAAGGCACGAAUCGUCCGCGGAUAAACCGGGCAGAUUCAAUCGGCGAAAAAUGAUUUUUCCCGUCGAUGAACCUGUCGAACGUCGAAAACGUGUUUCGCCUUUGUAAUUACGCGAACCCGGGCGUUCGUAAAGUUUCACUGGGAGAAAAAUGACGGUAAUCCCGGCCAAAAGGUAGUCAAACGAGGAAAAGGAACGAAAAAGAAAAGGGGGCUGUCUCGAGGUGUCUACCGAUGGAACAGGUAGAUCCUGCGUCUGUGAACCCAUUCGUCGGCCUAUGCGUUUGUACCUGACAACGGGUGGGCCGAAUUUGGAAGACAAACGGGAUUACCAUCGACCUUGGGUGCAUCUUUUUCGACUCGAAGGGACGUUAGAAAUUAAAAGAGGGUUCGUAGCGUCGGUUUCUCUCUUUUCUUGUGAGCGCGAUCCUCCCCGAUGGGUGGUCGUUCCGAUGCAGCGUUUAAACGUGACGGAGACGGAAGUGUCCGUGCGUUUCUCAGCCUCCCUUCGUCGGAUUAUGAAAAUCAGUCGAUCUCUUUUCGAACGAGAAACGUGCUCUCGAACGAUCCGCUUUCGUAAGCGAUGAUAACUUCGAGUAGAUUGGAAAUGCACCUUGCGACGCACCGCAGGAAAUGAAUACUUGCGAUAUCUAAUCGAUUCGGUGACAAGCAUCGAGAGAUAUCGUACUCUUUGGCAAUAAUUGGCGUUAAAUUCCGAUGGUGGCAAUUUUGUCACGAAUACUCAACCAAUGCUGUUGUAAAUUUAUAAAAAACGAAAUACGAUAUCUAAUCGACAGGAAGUAAGCAUUAAUAAAAGUGGAAGGAUAGUUUUGUUGUACUUGUAUAGAUGUUGUUUAGUUUUCACUCCAAAAACUAGAUUUGUUGUAUAUAAUAUAAUAGUUUCACCUGUAAAUACGUUUUACAUUAGACGUAAGGAUUAUAAAUUAUAAGGGCUAUGUCUGCAACUCUCAGGUAUAUAAAUUUAAUUACUGUACCUCAUUUA